AUGGUUCCAGUGCGGGAAAUACGACGUUAUCGGAUUGUCCGAGCCCGGAUCGUGAUUCAGCAUUUGGCGAUUCAUCCAGCACCGAAUCCCGAAACAACAACCGGAAUUGCCGCAAUUCAGCCAUUUCGAGUGCCGAUAGCUGCCGCGGAUCACUCAAUACUCCCAGUCCGACACAGCAGGUCUGAGCACUGGAAAUUCCAUACAUUCCACUACUGGGAAAAUGAUAUUAACGUUAUCUUUUGGAACUGCCAAAAAAUAGUUCACAUCUGUGCGAGAAUUAGUAACUUUUCUCUGCUAUACACUUCAAAGGCAGUACGAGAUCUAGAGAAAAGGCUACUUUACUGA